AUGCUCUCGGGUCACACCACGAAUGGUAUAUCGGACACAGUGUUUCACGCGCGCAAUGAUAACCCUCCUUCCCCGGCCACAGACUCCCCUGCGACUCCCGUCGACUCCGCCCACGCUCCCGAUGUCAAGAUCGACAUCGACUACGAGCAGGAGAGCGAUGUCCGCCACGAGCCGCUCCCAGUCAAGGAGCUCGAUGCACCCAUCGCCAUCCACGGCACUGCCGACGUCGUCAUGGGCGACACCAGCACUCCAGGUCUGGCCCAGGACUUUUCUAUGGCCUCUAUCGCUCCCAAUGGCUCCUCCAAUGGCGCUGCCCGUGCUUACCACGACGAUAGCGACGCCGAGCAGGGCGAGCCCCCCGCCAAGCGCGCCCGUGUCCAUUCCGACGCGGACAUGGCUUCCAUGACUCAUUCCGCCACUCCACCUCCAGCAUCCCAUGCCCCCACCCCGCCGCCCCCCUCUUCUGUUCCCCCGCCCACAGCAGCGUCUACCUCAGCCCCGGGCCCCAAGCGCGAGUGCACCAUCACCCCCCAUCAGUAUCGCUAUCUCGUGUCCUCCAUUCGCACUCUGAGGAAGAUGAAGGACGGCGCCCCCUUUUUGCGCCCCGUCGACCCCAUCGCUCUCAAUGUCCCCCACUACCCCUCUAUCAUCAAGCACCCAAUGGACCUUUCCACCAUUGAGCGCAAACUCACCGCCUCUAAUCCCAGCAGGCCAGAUCCCAACCCGCACAACCCGCGUUACUACGACGCCGAGGACGUCUCCGCUGACAUCCGUCUCAUGGUACAGAACGCAAUCACCUUCAACGGUCCUGAUCACAUCGUUUCCAUAAUGGCAAAGACAGUUCAGGAAGUAUACGACAAGUCUAUCAAACAUCUACCUCCUAGAAUAGAGAAACCUGCACCCAAGCCCGCUCCAGUUCCCCGCAAGGCUACAACGCCGCCAGCUCCUCCCACCCCCGUCAUGGGCCCGCCUGCCACCAAGAAGGCCGCUCCCGCCGCCCGUCGAGCUUCAACCUCUGUUCCCGUCAUCAGACGAUCAGACGCGGAAGUCGUCGGCCGCCCAAAGCGCGAAAUCCAUCCUCCGCCACCGAAAGAUUUACCCUAUGCCGACGCGCCGAAGAAGAACCGGAAAGGCAAGAGGACCAGGCCGGACGGAACUGCAGAGCAGCUCAAGUACUGCGGCAAGAUUCUUCAGGAGCUCAACAGAAAGACCCAUGCCAGCUACGCGUACCCCUUCUACGAGCCUGUCGACUGGCAGAAGCUUGAGAUUCCUUCAUAUCCGAAAAUCAUCAAGCGGCCCAUGGAUUUGUCGACAAUCCGCAAAAAGCUAGAUGGCGGUGAAUACGAUACCGCCCAGAACUUUUACGAUGAUUUCAAAUUAAUGAUACGCAACUGUUUCACGUUUAAUCCGUCGGGUACACCGGUCAACCUCGCCGGACAGGAGUUGCAGAAGGUGUUCGAUGAAAAGUGGAAGGGUCUGCCACCACUGCAAUCUCAGGAUCCAAGUGAUGACGAGGAAGAGGAUGAAGAUGAUUCGGAUGAGGAGCGUCGACGCGCGAUUGCCAUGAUGGAGAGUCAAAUCGAGACGAUGAAAAACAACAUCGAAUCGCUAAAGACAGCCAAACUGCCCAAGGAGAAGAAAAAGGAGAAGAAGAAGGAAAAGGCCCCUGUUGCUUCGACCUCAAAACCUCCGCCCAAGCAGACCAAGGCACCUGCUCCUACUACUAGCAAGAAGAAGUCCAAGAAGAACGUCACCGAUGACGACGUUCUGACAUUUGAGCAGAAGAAGGAUCUUAGUGAAUCUAUUGGCAAACUCGACGGCGCCCGUCUAGAGCGCGUCAUCCAGAUCAUUCACGAGGGUGUCCCUGAGAUUCGAGACAGCACAGAGGAGAUUGAGCUGGAGAUUGAUCAACUACCAGCGGCUGUCCUCACCAAGCUCUAUAAUUUCGUCCUGCGACCAAUUCGCCAGCCAGCCCAACCUAAGCGCAAUCGCACGGGCAAGGGCACAGGCACGGGUGGGCUCCGGCGCAAGAGCAUGGACGAGGAGAAGGAGGCGGAGAAGAUCCGUCAGUUGGAGGAGCGUAUGGCACUGUUUGAAGGCCACGGCACGACGAGCGCAGCGCCCGCGCGACGAAACGAGGACAGUGACCAUUCAUCGGACUCGAGCUCUGGUUCGGACAGCUCCGGGAGCGAUUCAGAGUAA